AUGUCAUUUUACGAUGCAAGACCCCUACAUGACCCAGAUUUCCCGAUGGGAGGAAGAAUUAUGAGUUCAGGAAAUAUUGCCUUAAAACCUUGUGUGAAAAGAAUCCGGUUCUAUCGGACAGCUCUGCACUCCAGCAUCACCCACGUCUGCGAGACUCUGCCUGCACGGACACGAAAUCCAGGAGAUCUCCCGCUAGACGAGAAUGGCCUGGGAAAUGUCGAAUUUAACAAUAGGCACAAGGACUGGGAGGGCUACGAGUUCGCCUACGAGAUGGUCACUGUCUACGAGAUCAAACAGCCGAUAUCCCUCAAGGAGAUGAAGGAUAAGCAUAGUUUCAAGCCGGCGCCGAGGGGACUUGUCACAGGUCCUCAUAUUCUAGGUGCACCUUUAAUUAUCCCACCUUUAUCUCCCACGGAACAUACUCACACUUUCAUCCUCCUCCAUGGUCGAAGUAGCAACGCUGAACGCUUCGGCUUGGAGCUAGUGAAAACCGCGAAGUUAAAUACCUACUCGACUACCAACCGUAAAAUUCGAAGUGACGAUCAACAGUCUAGGAGCAUUUGUGGGAAUGAGCGGCUGGCUACCGGUUUCGUUCAGGAGAUGUUUCAGAUCAGGAUCCAUUCGCUCAAUCGCCCCGGAAGACCGACAAGGGAUCCGACAAUGAAGACAACGAUUCUACAGAGCUACAAGCAAUCAAACCACAUCCGCGACAUCCUUGACCUCCCUGCGCUUCCGGCCCUUGGAGUACAGCAUCGUCAGUCCAGUCCUGUAUUCCUUGGCCAUUGGUUCGAGGAUGAGAAGGUCUCAGUGACACUGGGCCGGUCUAUGGUUGAAUUUUUUUGCGCAACAGGCUUGGUGUGGACGUCACUUGGAUGGUUGAAUGAAGGGUUUGGACAUUGGUACAAGGAUCCCGAUGAGAUUGAUGACAUUGUUAAAUAA